UAAAAACGAUCCUUUAACGGUUUACCCGUUGCAUCUCAUCAUAAAGGUCAAGGCGUGUAAGUGCUUUCUACGACUCCCGUGAACACGUUUCACACUGAGCCUCAGCGAAUCAAGAGUUCCUUUCAUCCGUAGUACCCGGAUUUACCCGUAGGGAAAUUAGCUACGUCAUUGUUCACGGACUGACUACAGCUGGAAAUAAUACAUGGACAUGCACGUAUAAUAAUAUAUUUAUUUAAAAAAUACAGCAAUGAACAAUGACCAUAGUUGACAGAUCUUCAGAGAAAUCUGACCUAGAGUCAGUCGGGUGCAAGCGCUCAGGAUCGCUGAACUUUCCCGGCGGUGACGGGAACGGGAUGGACAGUGGCUGCUCCAGCUGGGGGCCGGGGGGCCCCUCGUCCUCCGACACCCCCAGGGUGAAGACAGGGGGCUGCAUGGGUCCCACUCCUGGAGCCACAGUCAACAGCAGCAGUGCAGACAGGCCCAAGGAACAAGUGGUGCUGACCAGUGGGGACGGCAUCGCCCUGCCCCAGAAGGUGCUGUUCCCAGCCGAGCAGCUCAGCCUGAAGUGGAACCAGGUCCACCGCAUCGGAUCAGGUCUCCAGAACCUGGGAAACACCUGCUUCCUCAACUCGGCUCUGCAGUGUCUCACCUAUACCGCUCCCCUCACUAACUACAUGCUGUCCCGGGAGCACUCUAAAACAUGUCAUGAGCCUGGGUUCUGUAUGAUGUGCACAAUGCAGAAUCACAUCACCCAGGUCUUCGCCAACUCUGGGAAUGUCAUCAAGCCCAUCGGAGUCCUCAACGAGCUCAAACGGAUUGCAAAGCAUUUCCGCUUUGGCAGCCAAGAGGAUGCCCAUGAGUUCCUGCGGUACACAGUGGACGCUAUGCAAAAGUCCUGCCUGCCUCUAAACAAAUUGGACAGGCAAACGCAAGCAACCAGUUUCAUCCAUCAAGUCUUUGGAGGGUAUCUACGGUCCAGAGUAAAAUGUUUCAACUGCAAAGCGGUCUCUGACACGUUUGACCCUUAUUUGGAUGUUGCUUUGGAAAUAAAGACUGCUCCCAGUAUCACAAAGGCUCUGGAACAGUUUGUUAAGCCUGAGCAGCUAGAUGGAGAGAAUGCCUACAGAUGCACUAAGUGUAAGAAGAUGGUUCCAGCCUCUAAGAGAUUCACCAUCCACCGCAGCGCUAAUGUGCUCACCAUCUCACUGAAGCGAUUCGCCAACUACAACGGGGGCAAGAUCGCUAAGGACGUAAGGUAUGCUGAGUGCCUAGACCUGCGUCCCUUCAUGUCUCAGUCCCACGGCGAGCCCCAGGUCUACGUGCUCUAUGCUGUCCUGGUGCACUCUGGCUUCAGCUGCCACGCUGGACACUACUACUGCUACGUCAAAGCUAGCAAUGGCCAGUGGUACCAGUUGAAUGACUCCUCUGUGUUGGUCAGUGACAUCAGGUCAGUCCUCAACCAGCAGGCUUACGUUCUCUUCUACAUCAGGUCACCUGAUCUGAAGAAUGGAGGGGACUACAAUCACACGUGCCGGACCGCGGGGCCCCUCGGCCAGUUGUCCCCCCGCCCCAUUCUCACACCCCGGGUCAACAUUGGGCCACGACACACCAGCACUGGUUUCAUAGGGCCACAGCUGCCCCCACACAUGGCCAAGAACAUCUUUCACGUCAAUGGGAACAGCUCGCUAAGGGACUACCCCUCUGGCUCUAAGCCCAGCACCAGCAGUGACAACAGCAUGGGCAAGACUAGCUACAGCCCGCUCGCCACCUCUUCCUCCCAUCCUCUCAACCGUCCCACAGGCAUCCCUGACCCUGCCAAGCGCCAGAAGCUCUCCUUCUUCAUCGGUCAGGGCAAACAGAUCUGCCCCUCAUCAUCCUCUUAUGCCCAGCCGUCCUCUUCGUCACAGUCUACAUCAGACAUGUCUACGCCCCGGGAUCCUCGCAUUAAUGGCACUCCCUCCGUUAACAGAAACGGUCACGGGGCGUCGUUCCUGGUGCCGUACGGCCAGGAGUCGUCUGAGGAGUCGGACCAGGAGGGAGGCAGUGGUCUGGGGAACGGCACGGCUAAGCCUCACGUUAACGGGAGGAAGGGAGAGACAGUCUACGGCCCUGUCCCCAGAGUGCUGACCCUCAAGACCAACGGCAUCGGUAAUGGCCAGGCUACCAUGCACCGUAACGGGACCAACAGCUUCUCCAAACUCAGUCAGAACGGACACCACAACAUCAAACACCCUGAGAAGAUCCACGGUAACGGUCAUGCGAUGUCGCCCGGUUUGGGUUCCAGCAUGUCUAAUGGGGCGGAGGCUCACCACAGUGGCCCAAGCAAAGAGGUGUAUUGCACUACCCCUAGCCAGGCCAGCACCUCUCAAGGCCUGCACAGUGCCGACAUCGACAGCCGCCUCUCCCUCACCCCAGAGAAAAAGGCUAAAACUCAUUCUGGUCCCCUCCCUCACCACGCACCAUCAACCGGUGCUAAACCUCCAUCCACAUUGGCUGAUGUUGGAGCUAAACCACUUACCGAUGCCUUGAGGGAAUCCAGCUCCAACCCUGGGGUCUUAUUCCUCCAGCCCACCCCCCGCUCCCUCAGUACCCCAGUCCUCUCCGGACCUGGCCUGGGAGCCACAAAAGAUCUCAGAGCCCCACACAGGGGAUCUGGGGAGGACGUCAGGGCGACCCAGAACAGCCCAGCUGUAGGGCUGGAUGGAAAGCCCAGCUCCAGAGAUGGAAGAGACCAGAUGUACUCUUCCGAUCGGGAUAAGGAGAAAGGCGGGUUGUACUCUUCUGAUCGGGAUAAGGAGAAAGGCGGGUUGAACUCGUCCGAUCGGGAUAAGGAGAAAGGCGGGUUGAACUCUUCCGAUCGGGAUAAGGAGAAAGGCGGGUUGAACUCUUCCGAUCGGGAUAAGGAGAAAGGCGGGUUGAACUCUUCCGAUCGGGAUAAGGAGAAAGGUGGGUUGAACUCUUCCGAUCGGGAUAAGGAGAAAGGCGGGUUGAACUCUUCCGAUCGGGAUAAGGAGAAAGGCGGGUUGAACUCUUCCGAUCGGGAUAAGGAGAAAGGCCGACUACAUUCUUCGGACUGCGAUAGGGAUCGAGACCGGCUGUACUCUUCUGACCGGGAUAAAGACGGAGAAGGGGAUAGGUACCACCGGGACAGGAGCCGUGAACGCAACCGGGACCAUGACUCAGACCACUACCGGCACCGGCGAGACCACCACCGGUCAUACCGGGACCGCUCGCUCAGCCGGGACAGACACCGGAACUGGGAGUCUGAGGCAUUCCUCUCACAGCGACGCUAUCACCCCAGAGAGAGGGACAGGGACCGCUGUCACCACCAUUACCACCACAGAACGAGUAAGGACAGGAAUAGGGACAGGAGGGAGCACAGCCAACACAGCCUCCCACACAGAGAGGAGCCUCAUGGACGCUCAAGGUGGAGGGAUGAAGGUAAAGAGAGGUGUUACUACCCUUCACAGGAGACCCCUCUGCCCACCCCACUGAGCUCCAGCACUAAGCCCAGUCAGCCCCUCCCAGCCCUUUCCCCGGCCCUGGUGAAACGAUCCGAGCCUCACAGAGAGGAGAGAAAGGACAGCUCUGAGGAGCGUCAGGCCAAGAAACCCAAGAAGAGCAAGAAGAAGAAGUCCAAGGACAGAGAGAGGCACCGAGAGAAUAGGACCUUUGACGUGAAUUCCUCUGACAGGGCAGCCGACGGCAGCAGUUCCUCCAAACACAACAAAAGUAGGAGGUACGACACUGACACGGAGGUUGAGAAGUCAGGGGGUGAGAUCCACUCUACCCAGAGUCCCGAGGGGCACCGUGACCCCAAUGCCCCCCGGGAGAGUCGCAGGGCAAGCAGCAGCGACGAUGAGAGGGCGAGCAAGAAGCAACGUUACCAGGACGAUGGCUAUGACAACAGCUACCCUAAGAAACGCCAUCGCGCUGAUGACAACGACAGCUCCUUCUCCUCUCGUGAUGGAUCACCAACAGCAGCUCCUCAAAACGCAUCGCACUGCCACUUCAACGAACACACAGGUAAUGGCUUAGGUCAACCCAAUGGAAACUCCCACGAAUGUUCUACUAAUGGACUGUACAAUGACCUUAGACAGUAGAUUUUCUCUGUUCGACCAGAGACACAGAACAAUACUUGGAAUACUUUAAAUAUCAACCUUUAUAUAAAAGUGAAAUUCAACAGCAACAGGAAUGUCAUCCCGAAUAUUUGAACGUGGUGCUGUAUUAUUGGGAAUAUACUGUAUUUUUACCACAUGAGAAAUUAACAUUCUACUAGAUUCUUUUCUUAAAUAGAUUUUUUUCAACUUCACUCAUCACUCAAUGUACAUUUGUGAUAAAUAAUUAACAAAAGAAUAAGCUGCACAGUGGAAGACUCAGGACUUUGUUCAAACGAGACGUAUUCCUCCUCGGAGAACUGAUCAACUGAUUAAAUAAUCCAAAAAGAGGAAGACGAAUAGUUUUCUUGCCCAGGAGAUGACCUGUUUGGUAUGACAUCAGUUGGCUGCAAGUUUGUCACCAUUAUAUGUAUAGGUGGAGGUAUAAAACCUCUCUCUGAUGGAGGGAAAUGUUAUUGAGUGAGUAGUGUCUGAAGGAGCUGGCCUGGUGUGACUACGUGUGCACUUAACACAACUCCACCUACCCUGGAGACUUCGGGACCGCUCUUUGUUACUUUCGAAAGCCUAAGAUAGUCUCCCUCCCUCUGCAUCUUGCUCUCACUGAGAUGUCCAAUUCUUUUAACUUGUUAUUCAAGCAUUAAAAAAAGCUGAACAAUAAUCAUGUUCUCUUAUGGCUUUGGACCUGUGUUUCUGCUUUAAAAAAAGUUUUCUAGCGUCCAUAAGAAAUACUGUGAAUUAAAUUUUGAACUGUACUAUCAGUUUAAGUAAGUCCUGUAUCAGGAAUAGUUUUGUUUUUGAGAAUUACCACGAUGUAAUUUAGACCUUGUUCUAAAUUGACUCAAAUAGUUAAUGGUUUGCUUGUUUUUUUUCUACCUAAAAAGACAAAAAAUGGUCAUGAUAACAUAUUUUUAGUUCUACAAUAAGCAUGUCAAAUUUAUACAUUGUACAAGGUAUAUAAAAAGGCGUAAAUACA